AGGGGCGAAAAGCCAAGAUUGAAAACAGAUAUAGGCAGUCUCUGCAACAAAAAGAAAAAGUACAUGUUUUUCCAGUAGAGCUUGGACCCUCAAAGAAAGGCAUGAUCUUUUCUUACUCUUUAUCAGAAUGGAAUAAUGUUGACUUUAAAGGCAAUAACAGACUUCUGCCAGUGGAUAAUAUAUUUAUUUGUAUAGAAUCUUUUGUCCUUGUUUUGUAAGAAUGGCACAGCAAUUCUAGACAGAAUGCUAUCCUAUUCAAGGAGGAGAAACAGUUUACCCUAAUGGCUUCAAGAGGAUUGUUGUGUUUUGCAGGAAUGAUUAUGAGUGCAUAAGAGCUUACUUCCCAUACACCCACUCUCCUAAGGCAUGCUCCAGACUGAAGGUUUCCACCCAUAUAUCCCUGCAAAUUGAAGGAGCUCACUCAACAUCAACAUCAAGGACUUCUCUCCAACUCAGAGAGGAUACAGGAGCACAGAUAGCUAUCGUACAUUGUCAACAGACAAGACAGGGUGGUGAAAAAGGUGGACAGGAACUCUCCCAAGACAUACUGUAGCUGGGAAGGACAUUAACUUCACUGGCUGAGGAUCAAUUAGAGCUGGCUGGAAGGUCUUGUAGCAGAGAGAGUAUUAUCAAUUCACACUGGCACUAUGGAGCUGGGCUUGGCAAAGGCUCUGCCGUCGGUGGCCAUCUUUGCAGUGCUGCUGCAGUUUUGUCCAGAGGGCUUCAGUUUGGAGCUCAGCCCCAGUGAGAAGGAGGUCAUACUGAGCACCAACUCCUCCUUCAUGGUGGUCUGUUCUGGUUGGAGCAAGGUGACCUGGAAGUCUCCCCACAACCCCAGCCUGGAGGGAGUGGCUGUGGAGGACAGGGGAUCCACCAGUGUGCUGGUCCUCCACAACGUCACCUGGAGGCACUCUGGGAACUAUGUCUGUGAAGAGCCCUCUACAGAGGAGACCAAGGACAUAUCAGUGUUUGUACCAGACCCUGAGGAAUGGUUUGUUCCCCUGCAGCCAGCACUAGUGAUGAAGGAGGGACAGGAAGGCACCAUUCCCUGCGUGGUGUCUGACCCUAGCAUUAACGUGACCCUGUACGAGAGGGCCAGCAAGGACCCUGUGGAGGGAACAUAUGACCCCAGCAAAGGGUUCACCGCCAUCCUGAAAGAUAGCUCCUACAUCUGCCGAGGUGCCAUGAACGGAGAGGAGAAGGCGUCCCAGGUGUAUUAUGUCUACAGCAUUGUGGUCCCCAAAUCCAUGAACGCCUUCAUGACUCUCUCAAAGACUGUGCUGAAACAAGGCGAGGCCUUAAUGGUUAAUUGUACUGUAGAAGACGCGGAGAUAGUUUACUUCAAAUGGGAUUUUCCUCGUAAAGAGAUGAUUGAGCCACUGACAGACUUUCUAACGGGGAACCGGGAGUUUAGAAUUCGUUCCUUCUUGAACAUCUCCAGUGCUACUCUGGAGGACUCUGGCCAGUACAUCUGCCGGGUACAGGACACCGUUUCAGGACAGUCAGCCAUGGAUAAUCUCACUGUCACUAUUCUGGAACGGGGCUUUGUGGCUUUGGAACCCUCCAUCAACCACAAUGUUUCAGCGCUGCAGUUUGAGAGCAUUGAGCUCACAGUGCAGAUUGAAGCGUAUCCCAAACCUCAGGUGCUCUGGACCAGAGACAACACCACCCUCACUGGGGAAACGGUAUCCAUGGUCACCAGACAGGUGCAUGAGACCAGUUACCUCAGUACUCUGACCUUGGUAAGGGUCAGGAUGGAACAGAGGGGCCUCUACACUGUCCAGGUGGCCAACGAAGACGAAGUCAAGGAGAUAACCUUUGAUCUUCAAGUCAAGGCUCCCCCGAAGAUAAUAAAUCUGUCUGACCAGCACAUGGACCAGGGCCACGGUGUACUCUGUGUCACAGAGGGGGUCCCCACACCCACCAUUCACUGGUACAGCUGUGAAAGCAUUGGAAAAUGCAGUAAUAAGACCACAGCAUGGAAGCCUCUGUCGGCUGACCCAGAGAACGUCAGCAUCCAGAUGAAUGUGAGCUACAUCGAGGCCUCAGGGGUCAACCACGUCCGCAGCCUUUUGACCUUCCAGACCAUGGGGAGUAUUACGUCAGUGCGCUGUGAAGCCCGCAACGAGAAAGGACGCAGGGCCUGGGACAUCAAACUAGUCUCCAACUCUCUGUUCUCCCAGGUGGCUGUCUUGGCUGCAGUGUUAACCCUGGUGGUCAUCGCCGUCAUCUUCCUCAUCAUCCUCAUCGCCCUCUGGAGAAAGAAGCCCCGGUAUGAGAUCCGUUGGAAGGUGAUCGAGUCAGUGAGCUCAGAUGGCCAUGCGUACACCUACAUGGACCCCAUGGACUUGCCAUAUGACUGUGCAUGGGAGGUGCCCCGAGACAACCUGGUCCUGGGUCACACUCUGGGUUCUGGAGCGUUCGGGAGGGUCGUGGAGGCCACAACAUAUGGCCUUGGUCACUCCCAGUCCACCACCAAAGUGGCUGUGAAGAUGCUCAAGUCCACAGCAAGGACAAGUGAGACUCGGGCUCUGAUAUCAGAGCUGAAGAUAAUGAGUCACCUUGGGCCCCAUCUAAACAUCGUCAACCUACUGGGGGCCUGUACUAAACGAGGUCCUAUUUACCUCAUAACUGAGUACUGUCGCUAUGGUGACCUGGUUGACUACCUUCACCGCAACAAGCACACCUUCCUGCAGUACUACGCAGACAGAAACCGCAGGGAUGCUGAUAUGUGCAGGAACAGCACAGAGAGUGCAGUCCAAAUCCAAGGAAAAAGUGAGAGCGAUGGGGGUUACAUGGAUAUGACCAAGGAAGAUUCUUUAAAUUAUGUCCCCAUGCAAGAGCUGAGCGACAACAUCAAGUAUGCAGACAUCGAGCCUUCAGUCUAUGAGACGCCUUACCAUCAGGACAACAACUACCAAAGACAAGGCCAAGAGAGAGCAGACGUCGCGUUGUCUAUCAGUGACUCCCCAAUUCUGAGCUACACAGAUCUGGUGGGCUUUAGCUACCAAGUGGCUAAGGGCAUGGACUUUCUGGCAUCCAAGAAUUGUGUUCAUCGUGACCUGGCUGCCAGAAACGUUCUCAUCUGUGAGGGAAAGCUGGUGAAGAUCUGUGACUUUGGCCUGGCCCGUGAUGUCAUGAACGACUCCAACUACAUAGCCAAAGGCAACACAUUCCUGCCACUGAAGUGGAUGGCUCCAGAGAGUAUCUUCCAGAACCUCUACACAACCUUGAGCGAUGUUUGGUCUUUUGGCAUUCUGCUUUCAGAGAUCUUUACUCUAGGAGGAACGCCCUAUCCUGACAUUCCCAUGAAUGAACAGUUCUACACUGCCUUGAAGAGAGGCUACAGGAUGCCCAAACCCACUCAUGCUACAGACGAGAUCUACGAUGUCAUGUGCAAGUGUUGGGAUGAGAAAUUCGAGAAGAGGCCACCGUUCUCCUCUCUGGUUCAUUUGAUGGGAAACCUGCUGACUGACGUUUACAAAAAGAAAUACACCCAGGUGAAUGAGAGCUUUCUGAAGAGCGACAGGUCCAAACCCACACCAGUAGGGAACCCGGCUGUGUCUCCAGAUGUCCAGUCCUCAGGGGACCGAGCAGGGCAGGAGACAGAGGAGACAGGGGAGAUAGGGGAGACUGGGAAGGAGGCUGGCCCCUCCCAGACUGACUACAUAAUCGCCAUCCCAGAUAUCCAUGUAGUCGAAGAGGCAGAAGCAAGUGGUGAGGUGCUGGACACCGCCACACAGAGUACAUCAAGUCCUCCAAGCACAACGGACCAGACCGAUACUGACACAGCCUCCCUAAAUGGGCCAGAAGCCUCCCUAGAAGAACCAGUACCCACAGAGGAAGAGGUGCCUGCCCCCACGCAAGAAGACAAGCUCCCCCAGUCUCCAUGUACCCCUGAAGUGGAGGAGAGUUUCCUGUAGCCUCAUUAGAGAGCAGAUGUUAGAGGUGCCUACUGUACAGGACAAUGUUGCACAUGACAAUGUAUGUUGUUAGUUAAACACUAAUGUUGUAGGCCCUUUUAGGAAACAUUAUAUCGUUAUUAUUUUUGUAUAUUGGUGAUAUACUAUAUAUCUUUCAGGUACUUUUUCCCUUUUAAUGCUAUGAUUUAAAAAAACAGCAUCAGCAGUUUGACAAAUGGCAAUGGAAAUGGUAAUAUUAUAUGCAAUUUUAAUCUAAUUGAUGUUGUCAAACUGUAAAGAAAAGUAUAUUUGGUGAGGGAAUACAUUUAAUUACAAUCAUUUAUAAAAUAAUUUAAAAGA